CGAUCUUUCUGAACACGAGUUUGCACGCAGUGAUUUGGCAGUGUUCUGAUAUGACGUCCGAGUCUGUAAACUCUCAAGUCCCCGAAAACUGUCGAGCUCCCAAUAAUCCUAUCUUGAGGUUGGCGUUCAAAAUCUUGUGCAUUGUUGCAGUCUGUCGGGAGUCUCUCGACCAUUGGAAAGAUACAAAGAACAAAGAAUGGAAGGACCAUGUCUCAAUAAUGGUCAAUCGAUUCCAGAACUCGAACAUCACUGCCGGGCUCGUACUUGCAACUGCUACUCUAUUCCUGUCGUCUGUGCCUCCUAUCGAGCAUUUGAUGGCUUAUAACUCCUCAAUCUCGUACAUCUUCGCCAUGGUUUCAUUUGGUGCCGCAUUGCUCAGCGUAAUAUCCGGAUCUGCUGUGCUUGUUAUCUAUGAAACCAGUACCGCUCACAAAGACAUGGAAACCCUCAAAUGCAUGCCACGACACCAAGUCAUCGCGCUGCUGCUAUGGUUGGCAUACCCCUCAUUCUGUCUGUCUGUUGCUACUUGCUUUCUGUUUGUGUGUGAGUGAGGCACUAGAUGUUGUUCAGAUCUGCUGACGAGUAUGGCGUUUGCUUUGAGGCAGCUAUCUUUAUCGCCUGCUUCUGGUCUGACAAUAGUGUUGUCAACAUCAUAACUACCUUGAGCUGCGUGGCCUUCUUUGCACAUGGAGUCCUUUCUUUCUACGUUGUCAGCGUUGUGGGCAGACAGUAAGCUAGUAGCACUCUUGUUGGAUACAGGCAUCAUGCUAGUGUAGGAGCUGCAUGUCUUCAAAUUGACGAUGCUGCUGAUGACUAGGCGUAAUAAUUGUUAUGGACCACUCAGGGUUCGGGUGCUUCGGGUUGCACAUAUCGGUCAGUGGAGUAGCAGCGGAACUUUCGCCAAGAACUUGUCAUAUCUCCUUAGCCUAGUAUC